AAGAAAGCAAGCCUUUAAUGCUUAGACUCUUGUUCACGUGAAAAACAGAUUGAAAUUGGAUACACACAGCAGAUUCGGUUUUGGUACAUCAUCAUAUCGCAUCUAUAAAUAUCUACGACGCAUAAGUCUUUACUUCCCAAACUAAACUGAGAUGAGUUUUGGACUUCGUCUUCUUUUGUUUCUCAUGCUAACCCUUCCACUUGUUACAUCUUCUAGCCGCAAGACUCUUUCUGUUUCAGGAAUUGGGAAAACAGAGGUAGCAAGAAAAUUAUUGAUGGUGAGCAUGGAGGAUUAUGGUGAUCCAUCUGCAAACACCAGACACGAUCCCAGCGUUCCCACCAAUGCAAAGGCUGACACAACACCUUAGAACCCUUUUCACUAAACUAUGUUGAAUAAAUACUGUACAAACAAUAAUCUGCUUUAAGUAAAGUUCAAAAAUAAAUCUGUUUUAAGCGAGUUGAAUUCUAUUCAUCUGAGUAGCAAAAAUUGGCAAAAUUUGAAGAAACCCACGUAAGCUAUGUACCACUCAAUUUGGGGGCAGUAAGACAUGGUUUUGGUGUUAAACAAAAAAAAAAAGGGACGUUUUGGCACAUUAGCUUUUGACAUAAACAUUAUUUUGUUUCUAAUAUGGAGCUUCAGGUUAGGGUUUCAGAACCUUAUAACCAUGGACUACUGAGUGCAUCUUUCCCUGAAAGGUUUCGCCAAGGUUCUGCGGAUGAGAUCUAAUAACUCUCUCCAACGGAAAUUUACCUUCUUUUAAUUUAGAGAAUACCUGCAA